AUGGCUGAUUUCGCUUCUCAAUUUCAAUCAACCUUAAAAGGUUUAGACUCCAAAUUCGCUGGUAACUCAAUCUUGACCCAAUUUGAAAAAGUUUCAGGCUUACCAAAAUCUUAUGGUAUUUUAGGUUCAGGUGUUUUCUACUUUUUGUUAAUCUUUUUAAACAUUGGUGGUAUUGGUCAAUUAUUAUCAAACAUUGCUGGGUUUGUUAUUCCAGGUUAUUAUUCAUUACUUGCUUUACAAACUGCUACAUCAAAAGAUGAUACCGAAUUAUUAACAUACUGGGUUGUCUUUGCCUUUUUAAACGUUAUUGAAUUCUGGUCAAAAGCUAUUUUAUACUGGAUUCCAUUCUAUUGGUUUAUCAAAACCGUCUUUUUAUUAUAUUUAGCAUUACCACAAUUCGGUGGUGCUCAAAUUGUUUACAAUGUUGUUAUCAAACCAAUUGCUGAACAAUACAUCACUGGUAAACCAUCUGCUGCUAACAAAUUCGCCAAUGCCGUUGAUGAUGCUGCUGAAGGUGUUGCUUCUGGUGCUUCAAGACAUUAG